AUGAUUGUUAAGAAAAGUAAAGAUACCAUACAAUUGGAACAAUCAAAUAAUGGAAAUGAUGAGGAAAAGUUGGAUUCAGCUAGUACUGAAAAAGAAGAUAUUACACAGCCAAGUAUUGUCUCUAUAGAAAAUGUGGAAGAAAUUGAAUCCAACGAAAAAUUGGUUGAAUCAUCUGAAGGAGAAGUGAAACCAAAUGAGACCACGGAAGUGCAAAUAUCCAAUGAGGGUAGUGUUCAGGAAGGUGAUAAGACUGAGGCAAUUAUGUCAACGGCAAGUAUAAUUCAACAAGAUGUAAAAGAGCAACAAGUUGACAAAGAUGACAGUCAAUUAUUAGCGUCAUCAACGUCAAGUCAUGGAUCACCAUCAGUUCAAACAUCACCAAAAAUCAUUCAAAUAACACCACCAACACCUUCAACAACAAAAUCUUCCUUAACAAAGACUGUAAUAGUAAAAUCUCCUCCGAUAACAAAACCAUCUCCAUCAAUAAAAGCACCGGUAACAAAAUCUAUGGCAAUAAAAAUUCCGGUAAUAAAACCAAGUGAAACCGUAUCAAAAAUUACUUUAAAAAUACCUAAAGUUGUUUCCGGUUUCGGAACUAGCAUUCCGUCAACAUUCACUGGUGAUGAUGAAGAUGAUUACUUUCAUGGAUUUUUGCCUCGUGAAGAUGCAAAUACGCUCUGCGUACUUGAUGGUGACUUUUUACUACGAACUACCGAAGUUUCGUCUGGUGAAGAUCGUAAGCUAUGCUUAUCAGUUGCAUGGCGUGGUAAACAUCAUAUCAUUUUACAUUAUGAUAAAUCAAAGAAUCAAUAUGGAAUGAAAGCUAAUCAUACAUUUCCUACAAUUACCGAUUUGGUUAAUUAUUAUGCUCAACAUAAAUUUAAAGUACUAAAAGAACGUGUAUUAUUAAAGAAUCCAAUCAUUACACAACCAUGGGAAUUGAAGCAUCAACAAGUGGAACUUCUUCAAAAACUUGGUGAAGGCGCAUUUGGUGAAGUUCAUUCAGCUAAUCUUGCGCUUACACCUCGAUUUCGUGUCAAAGCUGCUGUUAAAGUUCUUAAAUGUGAUACGAUGACAAAAGAAAAAGUACGAGAAGCGAUGUGUGAAGUUCGAAUGUUACGAAAUUUACGACAUGAAAAUAUCGUUCGAUUUUAUGGUGUUGCUAAUAGACGAGAACCUUUAAUGCUCAUUAUGGAACUUGUCAAAGAAGGUGCAUUGGAUACAUUUCUUAAAAAAAAUGGUAAUAAUCUUCCAAUGAAAAUCAAACUAUUAAUGAUACGUGAUGCUGCAUUUGGCCUAGCAUAUUUACAUGGCCAAAAUAUUAUGCAUAGAGAUUUGGCAACUCGUAAUUGCUUAUAUACAGGUGAAACAGUAAAAUUAAGCGAUUUUGGUAUGUCUGUUUAUGGACCUCAACAUAAAUUACUACCAACUGAUAAAGCACCUGUUCGAUGGAUUGCACCUGAGGUAUUCCGUACGCUAGUCUAUUCAUUCCCUUCUGAAACAUGGUCUUUUUUUAUUAUGGUCUGGGAGAUUUUCAAUAAUGCUGUGGAACCAUAUACAGGUUGGGAUCGAGCACGUGUUAAAAUUGAAGUUCUAAAAGGUAGCCGACUAUCCAUACCUUCCGCAGCACCAGUUAUACUUCAAGAACUUUGUAAACAAGCAUGGAAUACGGAUAUGAGUAAACGGCCAACGAUGUUUACUGUAGCAUCUGUAAUGAGGAAAUUAACCGGACAAAAUGAUACUAGUGAUAAACAAACUCAUGCUACUGUUAGUAUGCCAAUACCAAUGUAUAAGAAUAUGCAAAAUAAUUAUUACAGUCCAAAAGCUUUGACAAUUUCUGGUAAUAAACCAGUGCCAAGAUCGAGAAAAAGGUAA